UUACUCACUUGAGUGCAACGGCUUUAGCCACCAUCGGCGGUAUUGAACUUACUAAUAAAACGAUCGUUCUUGGUAGGGUGUAUUACCAAAAUAGUUUUCUGGAACCUAUUGUUGUGGCUGGUUCAAUUUGGGGGCAUAUAAUCUCAGGGUUAAUCAAACGAGGCAUCAAACUAUAUUGGAAAUAUAAGAAGCAAGAUGUACGUAAAUUAACUGGAGAGGUCCACGAAAAGGUUGAAAAAAUCGUAACUGAUGAGACAAAUGAACAGGGCGUGGUUAUUCAUAAGCAACCUUCAGAAGCAACUAAGAAACGACUUCGGAUCAUCAGAAAUGGGGUGAUCGUUUCAUCAAUUGGGUUAUUGGCAACUGGUUUGCUCGUCAUUGGAGGAAAAUUGAGACGUGAAAAUAUUAAAAUUCCUCUUCGUUCUGAAUAUUUGAAGGUUUAUGGGCAUGUUUAUCCACAAA